CAGAACCAGCAGUGGACCAGGCGCAGAAUAAACUCAACAAUGAUAAAAUGCAUGCCCUGUGAGACCUUGGGCUUUAUCUUCUUUGUUGCCCUUGGCACAGAGGAAGCCAGGUAGCUAAUCAAGGACUUCUAGGGUUUCCUCUCUCUGCUGUUUCAAGUGGCUGAGGUCUUGAGGAUGAGAAUGGCAUCUGAAGGACUUCUGGGCCUGUCGUGCUGAAAAGAGAGAGGCCAGACUCCUGUGGAGGGUAAAGGGGCAGCUGCCUAGUAUCAGCAGAUAAGUGGGGCCCGGGCCACAGACAGACCAUCCAACUUGGCCCACAUGGCCCGGCCAUCAGUUUUACUUGGGCUCACUGAUGAGCUAUGGGAAGGUCAUUUGAUAUUCACAUUCGUGUGGCCACAAUCUUGGGAAUGUGGCCUUUUAUCUUUAAAAAUAGCUGUGUGUUGGGAGGCCGUGGAGCAGUGUCCUGGGAUGGAGAGGAGGUGCCAGCAUGAGGAAAAGGGGCAGAUUUCUUUCCUGGGAGGAUUCCCUUCAACUCUGCUCAUCUGGUAAAUGGAAGAGCUGGAGGCCAGUUUAUUCCAGACACGGAAAGCACACAGAAUAGAACAAAUGGUGGCAAGAUGGCUUCGGCGCUCCCGGGACAACUCGGCCCGGGCUAAAGUUGCUGCAGCUGAUGGACCCCCCGGGAUCUCAACCCAGACCCUCACCCCUGUGAAACACACAGUAAAAAUAGACAAAGACGCCCUCCUGCAGGACUAUGGAUUUCACAUUUCCGAGAGCCUUCCCCUCACAGUGGUGGCCGUCACAGCAGGAGGCUGUGCUCAUGGCAAGCUUUUCCCUGGUGAUCAGAUACUCCAACUGAACAAUGAGUCUGCAGAGGACCUCUCCUAUGAACGAGCAGUUGAUAUUCUGAGGGAAGCUGAAGAUUCUCUUACAAUCACAGUUGUUCGCUGCACAUCGGGAGUCCCCAAGUCCUCCUUCCUGACUGAGGAGAAGAGAGCCAGGCUGAAGACCAAUCCCGUGAAGGUGCACUUUGCUGAGGAAGUGCUCGUCAGUGCACACAGCCAGGGAAAUUCUCUGCUGUGUAUGCCCAACGUGCUCAAGCUGUACUUGGAGAAUGGACAGACCAAAGCUUUCAAGUUUGAGGCAGAUACAACGGUGAAGGACAUCAUCCUCACGGUGAAGGAGAAGCUGUCAAUCAGAAUUACAGACUACUUCGCACUGGUCCUGGAAGAGCAGUACAACAUCUCACGGCUGCACCUGCUGCAUGAGGAGGAACUCAUCCAGCAGGUGGUAGAAAGAGAGGAGUCACAUGACUACCGCUGCCUCUUCAGGGUGUGUUUUGUUCCCAAAGACCCCCUGGACCUCCUGAAAGAAGACCCUGCGGCCUUUGAAUACCUCUAUCUGCAGAGCUGCAGCGAUGUGCUCCAGGAACGCUUUGCUGUGGAAAUGAAAUGCAGCUCAGCGCUGCGACUUGCGGCCCUGCAUAUCCAGGAGCGGAUCUACGCCUGCGCCCAGCCGCAGAAGAUCUCUUUGAAGUACAUAGAGAAAGACUGGGGAAUAGAGAACUUUAUAUCUCCAACUUUACUGCGAAACAUGAAAGGCAAAGACAUCAAGAAAGCCAUCAGCUUCCACAUGAAGAGGAACCAGAAUUUGCUGGAACCCCGACAAAAGCAACUUAUUUCUGCUGCCCAGCUACGUUUAAAUUACCUACAGAUCCUUGGGGAACUCAAGACAUAUGGCGGUAAAAUCUUUAAUGCUACUCUAAUGUUACAGGAUAGAGAAUCCUACAUUGCCCUUCUAGUUGGAGCCAAGUAUGGGAUUAGCCAAAUUAUCAAUAGUAAACUCAACAUCAUGUCCACGUUGGCAGAGUUUGCAAACAUCAGCCGUGUCGAACUGACAGAAGAGUCUGAGAAAGUGAGCAUGGUCAAAGUGUAUCUUCAGGACAUCAAGGUUCUGACUUUGCUGCUGGAAUCCAACAGUGCAAAAGACCUAGCCUGCCUGAUUGCUGGCUACUACCGGCUGUUUGUCGACCCAGUUACCUGCAUUUUCCUCUGGCCGGGGAACAAACAACGGGUGCACCGGGUAUCUGCUGAAGAAGGCUACGAGUCCAGGGCGUGCAGCGACUCUGAGGAAUCUUCUGAAACAGACUGCGUGCUGGAGCCUCUCUCUGACCGACACCUGCCAAAGCUGUGCCCCUGCAGACCACUCCUAAAAGAGAAUCACCCUCCUGAGGACAGCCCCACACCCGAGGUGGCCAGGAGAGCCAGCAGCAUUACAGACAGUGCCGAGUCCGAAGCAUCCGAUUCUGCCAACACCGAGAGCCGAGGCUGCAGGACCAGCGGCUCGAGCGAAUCCAUGGAUGCCCUAGAAGAGGAUGACUUGGACGCCUGCUCCUCCAGCAGGUCCGGCUUCUUCCUCUUUGGCUCACCAGGCUGCCCAGAGGCAGUUGAUUCUAACAGCCAAAAGGAGAGGAGCAGGAUCGAAACUAGUGGCUUCCUCUGUCUCCUGGACCUGGCCCAGAGCGCCAACCCUCAGUGCCAGAAGAUGGAGCUUUCUGAGAAUCUCGCUCCUGGCACAUUCAGCUGGGGACCAGAACUGAGUGCUGUCAGACUGGACCCCAGGCUGUACGAGGGCAGCCGGACCGACUACUAUAGCCUGUGUUCCAGUGUCUCCCCAGGCAGCCACCUGAGUGACAGCUCAGAGAACACAGCUUCCCGGCAGGGUGGGGGCCCGCCAGGCUGGGGCCAGCAGGGCUGGACUGAGGCCCAGCCCAGCUCCACGCUGGAUGCCCUGGCCCCUGCUUGUGAGGAAGGCAGCUCGGAUGAGGAAUACUAUGAUGCAGCAGACAAGCUGACACCCCCAGACAGUCUCUCAGGGCCCGUAGCUGUUUCUGCUGCAGAACUGAGUGCCACGAGCUUACAGAGUGAGGCUAGCACUUGCAGCCCUGAGGACAGCCUGAAUCCUGGGCCGGAUGGAAGAGAGCCAAGCAGAAGGGGAGGGGUGAAGAAGUAUGCCAAGACUCUGAGAAAAAGAAGGUCUUUCCUACAGACCGACUACACCUGUCAGGUCUCAUUUCCCCUGGUGCCCUCAGCCUCCCUAGAGAGUAUGGACGACGUGUGCUAUUACGACAGGGAACCCUACUUGGCCCUUGGUGCACCCUCCCCAACUGUGUCCUCUCUGCAGGACAUGCAAGGUGAGCCAGGGCUCCUGGAGACCAAGGCCCUGGGGCUGCUGGCUCCCCUGAGGGAGGCCAAGAGCAAAAACCCAGCCUCCCGGGUUAUGGAGAUGGAGCCAGAGACCAUGGAAACCAAGUCAGUCAUCGAUUCUCGAGUGUCUUCUAUUUCUGCCAUUCGCCUCCGGAUUGACCCCACUCAUAAAGAGAAUUCUGCGGGUGCCCCUGUGACUGCCACUGUUGCCAGUUCCUCAGUAAACACCCCUAACUGUUCCAACCCGAGUUCAUCUGGCCCAGAUACUGCUCAGGAUCAAACCGUAUCUCCAUUUCAAGACUCGGAUGGCAGUGCCCACAAAGAACUUUCCAUAGAGCUUGGGGACAGCACCACCUCCCUCUCUAGUGCUGACCUGAACCCAGACAGCGUCUGCUUGACCAUCAGCCUGGGGCCACAUAUUUCUCGAGGAGACGCAAUAGAGCAGGGAGGAGUCCAGCUUGACACAGGAUUGGGAUCUUUGUUUACAAAUCAUAUGCAAGAAACUGCCCCCAAAUACACAGAGCCUUUGUUGUCUCCUGGAGACAGGCCUAGAAGUGGUGAAUGUGGAAUAAAUUCAGGAGAGAAGAUGGCUUCUUUCCCUCCAAAGGAGGAGCAACAAGGACAGCUAUCUUUGGAACAUAAUGGAGAAGUUACAAACAAAAAUGGCACCGAUGUAAUUCAUGAUGAAUCUGGGAAGGGCUCAGGCGACCCUAAGGGUGACGUGUCGAACGCUAUUCCACAGACUAUUGGUGUCAGUGCUCCAGAUGGUGGAGUAAUAGCCUCCCGCUCCUUGGAGACUCCUGUAACAGGGACUGAGCCGACCCCACCACCCUCCCCCACGGACCCCAAAGGACAAAGCCGAGACACCCCAGGCCAAGCCUGCCAGGCUCAAGGACAAGAACUAUUGGCAGAGCUGGAUUUAGACCCUAAUUUCUUGCUUGAAAACCAGACCAUUCCAUCAGCCUUCCCUCUAGAGGAGGUCAAAGCAGAGCCCCUUAACCAUGUGACAGGGGAAGACACAGUCCCUAGGGACACUCCUCAGCAGGUCUGUUUUAACCCAGGUCCUUCUCUGCUAAAAGCAGUACCAUGUCCCCAAGAGGAGACCCACUCAGAAGGUUCAAACCAUUGUUUACUGUCAGAAAGCAAAGAUAAAAACCCUAGCAUCUGCCUUCCUGCUGAAAAGUCUUUCUUGUGCUUUGCCCCAGAAAGCCAUCCUAACGUUUCUGCCAGUCUCAGGAUGGCCAGAUCUUUGGGGUUUGCUGGGGUGAAUGAGACAGUGGCCCCUAGGAUUGGGAUGGAGCAGUGCAGCUGCCAGUUCUCCUAUGCCACAUGCUUCCGCAGCCUGCAGCCUGAGACAGACGAAGAAGACAGGGACUCAGAAACACACCCCACAGCCCCCCUCACCACACCGCCCUCUGCAGGCAGCCAGCUGGCCCUGCCCUGGAGGCCUGCCCGCGCCCACAGCUGCAGCGCAGAGCCCUUGUUGAGGAACAGCCACAUCUGGCCGGAGUACUGCUCCAGAGCUCUGAGACAGCUGAAAGCUGCCCCCACCAGCACCCCCGAGGGCUUCAUCCCACUCACAGAGAGCUUGCUGGAAUUACAAGACAUUUUAGAAGCUUCCUGGGGGAAUGGGAACAAACACCCCCCAGAGAAGUGCACCUGGCACUUUUCUGAAAGCCGGAGCCACCUCUGCAUGGGCUCCCAGAAGCUCCUACUGAGCUGUCAGCAUGUGAUCAGAAUGGACCAGUCCCCUGAAGAGAUGCAGGGGGCUGUGCGUGACACCUUCCAGCACCUGGUCCAGCUGGCUGGCCUGUGCUUCCAGUUCACAGACUGCAGCCGCUGCUCCGCCCGGCACAGGGAAGCAGCAGGGAACCUGAGGGACGUGGUGUACACCUACCACCAGUUUGUGGAGGCCGCCAAGCUGACCUGCGAGAGAGGCUACCACGACCUGAGUGUGAAACUCUUGGCCCGUCAGUGCACGGCCCUGACGGCUGCUGUGUUCUGUUUGACACAGAAGUUCCGGGCAUCCACUGCCCUGUGAGCAGGCUGGCUGCCCAGGCCACCUGUCCUACCCUGGACACUUCCCUGAGACGCCCUUUCCAUUCCUCCACCCACCCCUCUCAAAUGUUUACUAUUUAGAGUAUUCAAAUAAACUGCUGCUUACUCUUGG